GUCAAACACAAGCGGCAGACAUUGACGUUUCCGACUUACAAGUUUGUUCUUCUUCUCCACGAAAUUGACAUAUCUUUAUGUUUUUUCAUAUAUCUCUUUGUUUUUAGCUAUCAUCGGUCUUGUCUCCCUGUUAAUCAAGUAUACGUGAUCAUGUCACAUGACUUUUCAAUUUUUUUUUUAAAAACUUUAACAGGGUAUGGUAACGAAACCAGAUGAAAAAACCUAUGCAGAACCAUCACAUGAAAAAAAAGAAGCGGAAUAGCCCAUCGUUUUUGUCACUUCCUGAUGAAAUCAUCUUGAACUGUUUAGCCCGCAUAUCGAGAUCAUACAACCCAAAACUCGCCCUAGUCUGUAAGACCUUUCGCUCUCUCAAUGUGUCCCAUGAUCUCAGUGUGACGCGACGUCACCUUAAAACCGGAGAAAGGUUUUUCCAUGUUUGCUUACAGAAGUUUCCCAAUGAUCCUUGUCCUUCUUGGUUCACCCUCUGGAUAAAACAUGGUGAAAUCCUAACCAACCAACUCGGGAAGAACAAGACUUCUACCCGAAAUAUCCAAUUGGUCCAAACACCUUCUUCCUACUUUUAUUUUGUACCUAUGUGCUUCGUUUCAGUUGGUUCAGAAAAGUACGGACUUAGCCAAUCUAAUACUCCAUCCUCCACCUUAUGGAUACUUAAUAAGAAGCUUUACGUAUGGCAAAAAGCCUCCAGCAUGACUGUAGCUCGAAAGAAUCCCCUUGCAUGUGCCCUCAAUGGGAAAUUGUAUGUAAUGGGAGGAUGCACCGCUGAUGAAUCUAAAAAGUGGGGUGAGGUUUUCGACCCAAAGACUCAAAGUUGGGAACCUUUACAUGACCCUAGCCCCGAGCUACGCUUUUCUUCAAUUAGAAACAUAAAAGCGAUCCAAGGAAACCUUUACGUUAGAAGCAAUGAGAAGAAAGACUCGGUUUAUGAUCCAGAAACAGAAUGGAGAGAGGUCAAAGGGUUAGCAAUGUUGAUUAAUUAUGGUAUAUUUACUGGUUUGGCUGAAAUAGCUGACUACGGUGGAAAACUCUUAAUUUUAUGGGACGAGAUUUUGUUUGGUCAGCCUGGAUGCAAGCAUAUUUGGUGUGCGAUGAUUGCGCUGAAAAGAAGUCGUGGAACUAUAAUUGACGAGGUUUGGGGAAACAUUGAGUGGGCUGAUAUAGUGCAUACUGUUCCCAGCUCAUACGUUUUCGUGCGUAGUCUACUAAGACCAUCAUUAUCCAUAGUUAAUCACCAUAGUUACUCUCAUAUUAAUUAA